AUGGACCCGGCCCUCAAAAACGAAAUCGCUACCGAGUCGACCGAGCUCGCGACAGGCGAACCACCCAUCCGCUCCCGUGUCGCCCCGGAUAUCAACCCCAUCGGCGGAGGGAUUGUAGAUGACUCGCAGGCUGCCGACACGUCUCCAGGCGAUGGAUCAACGCACACGAAUCAGCUGUCGGGCGAGGAGAUGGCCAUGGCACGCGCCUACGCCACUGAACACCACAAGAAGUCUGACGAGCCCCAUCACCCUUCACUCAAAGACAAGGUCAGCGGUUUCGGCAACGUCGUCGCCGGCAAGGUGACGGACGACCCGGCCAAGGUCGCGUACGGCAAGGCCAAGGCACAGGGCGAGGUGUAA